UGGGUUCCUGAGGCAGAGGAGCAAGGCAUUCACGAAUUUUAUGUGAAGAAGAGGUCCUACUAGUGCAGACAGGCAGAGGGGUGGAAGCUGUGGGUCAGAGCAGGGUACCCCAGGGGCUCAGAGAAGGCCAAGUAGUGGGGAAGAGGCUUGUGUGUAACCUGAAGGAAGCCUUGUAUGUUUUAUUUAAAGCAAUGGGCUUGUAUAGUUUGCUGGAGGGAAGGACAGGGGGACACACAGGAAAGCCUGGGAGGUGCUUUAGAUCCUGAGCCCUAUCCAGGGCAGGCUCCAGGCUGAGAGAGCUAGGGCCUGAGCCUCAACAGUGAGAAAGGGACAGGGCUAAGCUGGUCCAAGAUGAGCUCUGGUUUGCCUUUUGGAUAGAUUCUGUGGGAACCAGAGGACAGUUUAACUCUCUCUCACUGAAGGUGUUUGUGUUUCUGUACAAAUUAUGCAUAGCUUUUGAGAGAUCACAGUCAGUAUUUCAUUUAUGGAUGUUUUCCCAGGAGAGGUGCAGGAGCAGGUUUCAGUCUUGGUUUAACUGCUUUGCAACUGAAUGUUUCAAUUACAGUAGAGAAGAGAAACUGCUGAUGAAACUUUUGGAAUACCAGCACUGCUCCCCUUGGAAGAUCGGUACUGCAUCUGGGUGCCACGGAAAGACUUCGAGAAUGGAGAUGUGGCUGUUUGUUGUAGCGCUAUGUCUGACGCAAGGAUCUGGCAGUUCCAAAGUUAACGAAGGAAAAUGUCACGUGAAUCCUGAACAGUUUAUGACUAUUAGUGAGAUGAUCAGUUCCAAAGGAUACCCCAAUGAGGACUACGAAGUUCUGACAGAUGAUGGCUAUUACCUUGGCCUGAACAGAAUCCCUCAUGGUAGAGAGAAUCCGGAGAGCACAGGUCCUAGGCCUGCUGUGUUGUUGCAGCAUGGCUUGGUUUUAGAUGGUAGCAGUUGGGUUGCUAAUCUUCCUCAUAACAGCCUGGGCUUCAUGCUAGCAGAUGCUGGCUAUGAUGUUUGGCUGGGAAACAGCAGAGGCAACAGCUGGUCUCGAAGGCACCAGAAUCUUUCUGUUGAUCACGAGGCAUUUUGGGAUUUCAGUUUUCAUGAAAUGGCCAUCUAUGAUCUUCCCGCCAUGAUUAACUUUAUUCUGCACAAGACUGGACAGGAGAAAAUAUUUUAUGGUGGCCAUUCUCAGGGCAGUGUUAUAGGUUUCAUAGCAUUUUCAAUGAUGCCACAGCUGGCUCAAAAAGUCAAAAUGCUUUUUGUGUUGGGUCCUGCAUACACAUUGCGCUACAGCAAAAGUCUUUUAUUACACCUCUUAGAACUUCCUGAUGUGAUGCUGAAGCUAAUAUUUGGCAAGAAAGAACUGUGUCUACUGAAUAAGAGGUUGAGAGCAUUUACUGCCAAGAUGUGCAGCAGUCCUUUAAUAGACAGACUUUGUGCCCAAUUCCUUUUCCUGAAUGGUGGAUUUAAUAAGAAGAAUUUAAAUGUGAGCCGGACAGAUGUGUACAUGUCAAAGUUUCCAGACUAUACAUCUGUAAAAAAUAUUCUUCACUGGGGUCAGAACAAAAAAACAGGAGAAUUCAAAUACUUUGACUAUGGCUGUAAGAACAAGGAGAAAUACAACCAGACCACCCCUCCCUUGUACAAGAUAGAAGAUAUGAUUGUGCCUACGGCGCUGUGGAGUGGUGGCCAGGACUGGGUUUGCCCCUCCAAGGACCUCUCCCUUCUUCUACAUCGAAUUACCAAUUUAGUUCACUACAAGAAUUUUCCUGAUUGGGACCACUGGGACUUCAUUUGGGGACUGGAUGCAGCUCAGCGCAUGUAUAGUGAAGUCCUUUAUCUGAUGGAGAGGUAUCGGUGAAAGAGGUUUUCUGCUCUUAAAUUAAGAAUUAAUUGUAUUCCUAUAAUUUUUGUUUGUCUGGUUGUUUUUGUAUUUGUUGGGAGUUGUGGUUUCCAGGCUACAUUUUUCAGGAACCACUUGGCAAUAGAGCAAUGAGCUUUCUGAAGGUAAGUCUUGCAUUCAAGUGUCUUGCAUCUCCUGGACUCCUUCCAUUAAAUAGAGAUCUAUGGAGUGCACAGGUCUAGGCUGCAUAUGUACCUUUUAUUACCUAAUCCUCAGCACCUUACAACCUGUGAUUUGUGCUCCUGCUGCUGCAACUGACAAAUCCUUCAUUUUGCCCAUGCAAGGUAUAUUUGUGCUGUGCUCUGUUAAAGUGAUACAUGCAUAAAUGGCUCCAGCAUUUAGUGCUACUGAUUGAAGCAACUAUUGCUCAGCUGUCCUUAGUGUGUAUGAAAUGCGUUCCUUCUGGGAAGAAGCAAUGUGCCUGAGAUACUAAGCUAAAUAAUUAUUUGUGUUUGUGGAACAUAUUCAGUAAUUGCACCAGAAACAAUUUAGGAGAUAAUUGGAGAGAACAGGCAUCUUCCAUAACCAAAGCUGCUAAAAAGGCAAGUCCUGGCCAGACUUCUUGGUUUGUGAAUGACCCUCCUGGCUGCAGUGUUCAUGGAUAGUUGUACCAUGUAUGUUCAACAGGGCUGAAUACUUGGUGGACAGACUGUAGCUGUGACAGCAUCAUGUGUCAUCAGCAUUUAGGGACUUUUUCCCUAUUGGCACAAUAGUUUUCUUAUCAAUCGGGCCAGGGAACUUCAACUUUGAACACUAGCCUGCUCAGAAACUGACCACUGUGGACUGAGAUUUAGAACCUAGCAUUUCCCUAGCAUGUGAGCAAAAAGGAGGCUGAAGGAUCUGCUGACAGGGAUAGUUCUUUAAGUAAUGGAUGGGGCAUUCCCCUGCCCUUGUACAUGGGAGCCUUCCCAAAGUCAAGGAAGGUGGAAGCCCAGGAGCAGUUUUGAAACAAACGUGAUGGGAAUUUUGUUGAGAAGCUUGCUGUUUUCCCAAGAUCUGAACUCAUAAUAUGCCCAAUAGGGUCAAAGUCUGUGGGUUUAACAAUGACUUCACAAAACCUGUGUUCAUUCCUUGUGCCAUGCUGUGGGGAGGAGGGGUGGUUACCAUUCUUCUGCAUUAUAGUGAGUAUAUCGAAUUUCUUAGGAAUUUGCUGUGGCUCUGACUGCUCAAACACAUUCUUUUGCUUUCCUAUACGUUGACCUCUAGUCCAUGACCAACAGUUCUUUGUUGUUAAUAGACUCUAUUAAAAGUGUAAAGCUUCUAUGGAUACUUUGGUUGUCAUUAAAGGAAAAUGACCUGUG